AUGCAAAUUGGAGCUUUCUUCCUGACACACUUCCUCGUAUUUGAGUUCGUUCAACAUUGUCGUUGUAACAAUCAGCUUCAAUCAACCUCGCUAUCUAUCUUCAUAAAGCCUGAAACUUCGAUAUACACCCAGCAGGCCUGCAUAUCGUCUAGCUCCGAAAAGACCUUGCUCAAGAAAGUGCCAGAUGCGGGCCGACAUAACACUCCUCUCAACGCUACGCGCUUAGGUUCAUCAGACGCCAGGUCUUCAAGGGCCCUGAAAUCAUCAGUCGGACUGGUUUACAAAUUUGACCAGGUUGAUGUUGAACCAAUCCUCGAAUCAUCGGAAUUGAAUGACCUUGAUGGAUUUGUCAAACAGCAGUGUUACUCUCAUGAAGAUGACGAUGCUCAGGAGCCAAUAUGUAUCUAUCUCAACUAUAAAUUUGAUCAUGGAAGGGGCAUGGUAUUUCUGUCUUACCCCUCUAUAUUCAAAGAGAUAUUGACAACCUUUACGAUCUUCAAGACCGAUAAAGCUCAUACGGGCCAGGAGAAGACUAGCGAGCAGAAGUUUGAGGUGGUGGACAUGCCUCAAAAGGGUGGAAAGGGUUCAGUCGCUUCACGAAGGUUUUAUCCAGGCGACCCAGUGGUGAGCGAACACCUUGUGUUCAUCAUGUUGAGCGAGCCAGAGGUCUUUGCUCGAAAAGAUAUCAAUAAGAUCAUGAAGAGAGCAGUGGACUAUCUUCCAUUCGAGACUCGUGCUACUUUUGCUACUCUACACGGUGAAGGAGAUACUCAAGAAGACUGGAUCAGAUCUACCUUUAAGCGUAACAAUUUCUAUAUCCCUCUCAAGGCCAAUGAUCGUGAAUAUCGCUUCGGAGCCAUUGUUUUUCAGCCUACUCGCCUGAAUCAUGAUUGUCGACCCAACACCGCCUACUACGUUGAUGGUGUCACUUUAACACUACACAUGCACGCAUUACGGGAUAUUGCACCUGGUGAAGAACUCACCGAUAGUUAUAUUGAUACUAGUACAUAUAGAGAUGAACGAAAGCAAAACUUACAAAAGAAUUAUGGAUUCGAUUGUACUUGUUCGAUUUGCUCAUUACCAUCACAUAUGAUUAAACUUUCUGAUUAUCAUAUCGAAAAGAUCCAAAAACUAAACGCAGCUUUAGACAAUUACACUCCUACUUCUAUUGCUACACCUGGUAUGGCUGAACAACUCAUCAAUCUUUACAAGCUGGAAAGACUAGAUAUCACGAUUUAUAAGGCUUAUACUAGAGCAUCAGUAGCUUAUAAUGCUGUAGGAGACACAGAUCAAGCAAAGAUUUACGCAGCAUUGGCUUUGACUCAUGGAUUGAUUGCUGCUGGACCUAGAUGGUCUGAUUGGCCUACUGUCUUGAAGUUAGAACAAAAUCCUGAGGAGCAUUGGUCUUACAAAUCACGACUUCCGAAACCUACUUCUUGA